AUGUUGACCAAAAGAAAAAUAUAAUUUUGUCGUCUGUUUUUGUCAGAUAUUCCAGCGCACGCCGCCAUGAGUGAGUUCAGAGUCCACCACCGAGUCAGCGAGCUGCAGAACCUGCUCAAGGUUCGCAGCGGGGAGGGAGCGGAGGUCUACGCUGACCUGCUGUUGAAGAACAUGACCCCCUACAUCACCACACAGGUAUCGUCUCACAGUGCCAAGAGGAAGAUCGCGUCCUUCACCAAGACUCCGGACGACUUCCAGCGCAAAUAUGAUGAAGUCAAGUCCAAAAAUGUGCGUGAGCUGGACCCGCUGGUGUUCCUGGUCUCCAAGCUGACUGAGGAAACCAAGACCCAGAAGUUCCUGGAACAGAAUGCCCAGGAGCGGGCAGCGGAGGCCGGCGGAACGCUGACGUCCACGGGCAGCGUAGUUUCCAUGACAACCGCCUCCGGUGGGAAAAUGUCCCAGGAGGAAGUGUCGGAGCUGCGGAAUAAGCUGCUGAGUGCCACCAGUGGUUCCUCCAUCCUGUCCCCAGAGUCCCUCCGCAGGCAGAGAGACAAGGCCAGGAAAAACGCUCAGUCCCACACACUAGCGGUGCCAGCCUGGGUGUAUGAACGACCCUUCCUGACGGGAGAUUUCGUCCGACAGACACAACCUUCAGCUGAACAUCCUGUUGCCCUUGGUACCCUUCCCAUGAGCCUCCAGGAGCAGGCUGUAGUGGAGGACCUGCUGUUCACCAUGAUGGGUGUUGAUGGAAAGUACAUCCAGGCUCGAGCUGUGAACGACAAACACGGACACCGCUCCUUCAAUGUAGACCCGUCCCUGGAUGUGUCCAUGAAGGAACUAGUGAACCGAGUCCUGCCUGUCUGUAGCCACUACUCUUCAGUCUGCAGGUUCAUGGAAGAGAAGUCCAUGCCAGACUACGGCCAGGUGAACCACGCUCUCUGUGCCGCUAUGAGGAACCUGGCAAAGGAGUAUCUGAUCCUUGUGGCUCAGCUGGAACAUCAGUCCAGACAGGGCCAGCUGUCCCUGCAGAAGUUCUGGUUCUAUGUGCAGCCGUGUAAGAGGACCUUGGAGAUACUGGCAGCCAUCGCUGAAACUGUCAACAAGGGAGACUGCCGAGGAGGAGCGGUCCUGAGUCUGCUGCAUGAGAGAACAGCCAGUCUUGUGGGGGACUCGAAAGCCCAGGACCUGUGCCUGUACCUAACCCAGGCCGCCUGUGUUCCCUACUUUGAGAUCCUGGAACGGUGGAUCUAUAAAGGGAUCAUCGUGGAUCCGUAUGCAGAGUUCAUCGUUGAGGAGCAUGAGUCUGUGAUAAAAGAGAAGAUUGAGAAGGAUUACAACGAUGCCUACUGGGAGCAGAGAUACACCAUCUGUCGGGAGAGGAUUCCUGUGUUUCUGGAGAAGGUUGCAGACAAGAUCCUUAGUACAGGGAAGUACCUGAACGUCAUCCGACAGUGUGGUCGUGAUGUGAAGUGCCCAGCUGCAGAAGAGAUCGUGUACACCCUGAAAGAGCGCCGUUACGUGGAGCAAAUCGAGAGAGCGUACAACUACGCCAGCCGGGUCCUGCUAGAUCUGCUGAUGGAGGAGAAGGAGCUGAUGGCAAGGCUCAGGUCUAUCAAACACUACUUCCUAUUGGACCAGGGAGACCUGGUGGUGCAGUUCAUGGAUAUGGCUGAGGAUGAGCUGAAGAAGGACAUGGAAGAUAUCAUCCCCACCCGCCUGGAGUCCCUACUGGAGCUGGCCCUCAGGACAAGUGUGGCCAACGCUGACCCUUACAAGGAUGAUCUCAAGGUGGAGCUGUUGAACUAUGACCUGAUCACCCAGCUGUUCCGAAUCUUGUCCAUCGAGACCAAACAAGAGAAAGCCCUACAGGCCAUUGACCCCACAGAAAUCCACAUAUCUGGGCUGGAGGCCUUCGCUUUUGACUACGAGGUCAAAUGGCCGCUUUCUCUCAUCAUUAACAGGAAGGCCCUGACCAGAUACCAGAUGCUGUUCAGACACCUGUUCUAUGCUAAACAUGUGGAGAGGCAGCUCUGCAACAUGUGGUUAAACAGUAAGACAGCGAAACAGUACGAUCUGCAGUCACCCCGCUGGUAUGCUGCAGCCUUCGCUCUGAGACAUCGCAUGCUGCACUUUGUACAGAACUACGGGUACUACAUGAUGUUUGAGGUGCUGGAACCAAACUGGCACAUUCUGGAGCAAAACCUCAAAUCUGUGUCCAACGUUGACGAUGUUCUCCACCACCACAUGGACUUCCUGGACAAGUGUCUGAAGGACUGCAUGCUCACCAACACCGAGCUCCUUAAGAUCGUCAGCAAACUUAUGGUCGUGUGUAUCACCUUCUGCAACUGUAUACAGAGACUGACUCGGACAUUCCUAGCUGAUGAGGAACUGCAGCUGACAGCCCCGCCAGGGAAAGGCAAGUUGACAGACGCGGACAUCAGGAAAAACAAGGCCAAGGUUGUUUCUGAGCAUGUAGACGAGCUCGUCUCCAGCGACAGCUUCGAAGACACGAUCACGAACUUUGACCGGAACUUCUCCUCUCUGCUGCUGAGUCUGCUGGAUCGACUCAGCCACUUUAGCAGCAGUGACUGUGAACACAACAUGAUGAACAUCAUAUACAGAAUUGACUUUAACGGCCACUACACGGAACAGUUGGAGCAGUUCUCAGCUGAGCGCUCCAUGAUGGAACAACAGUCACCCGAUUGGCAGCCUGCAGAUUCAGGCACAGUUUUUGGCAAGUUCUCCAGUGGAAAGAAGAUGGCCGCCAAGGAUCCUUCACCCAAACCUGCCGGGGGGGACUGAGAACUCCGCAGAUAGUGAGUACAGCUGGUGUAGGCUCCAGGGAGCACAUUCUGACAUACCCGACAAUUUAGAAACUGUUUUGUUUGUUGUAAAGAUUUUAUAUGCUGUUUUCCUUACACAAAUAAAGCACUGACCUACAAGCUUUUGGUCAGUCUUCUUCGCAAGUUGGGGGGGACUGAGAACUCCGCAGAUAGUGAGUACAGCAGAUGUAGUCUCCGGGGAGCACCUUCUGACAUACCCUACACUUUAGAAACUGUUUUGUUUGUUGUAAAGAUUUUAUACGCUUUUUUCUGUACAGAAAGUAGACCAACAAUGUUUUGAUUAGUUAUCUGAGCCUUCGAAAGUUGAAAUGAACAGAAGCCUAGGUCAUGUGACCUAAACAGAAGACUGUGACAUAUUUUGAGUGUAACAUUUUGUUUGUUUAUUUGUUUGUUUGAAUCUUUGUAUAUUCAUGAGAAGCUCAAAUAGACCUGUAUGGCCAUUUUCCAUAGAGGUCAUGAGGGAAGAGGUCAAAUAAAAUAAGACAAACUUGAUAUACAGACUACAUAAUUGAAGUCGUAAUAAAUAAACCCAUUAAUACUGCAUGUGUCUAUAUAUGAUGUCGAAAUAGUUGUAACUAAAAAGAU